ACAUAUUACAAGUUUUAAAUGCUUGCGUUCCUUGAAUUUGAGAAGGACGAAUAUUAAAAAAGUGCCGAAUUCCAUUGGCAAGUUAAAGCAUCUAAGAUAUCUUGAUCUAUCUCGGAAUAGGGAUAUCAAACUACUCCCCGCUUCUAUAACUAAAUUGCAGAAUUUGCAAACACUAAUACUUGACUAUUGUUAUGGGCUUAAAGAAUUACCGGAAGACACUAGAAACUUGAUCAGCCUUCGGCAUCUUGCGCUUCAUGGGUUUUCCAGCUUGACUCAUAUGCCGCGUGGACUGGGAAAGUUGACCGCUCUCCGAACACUGUCUAUUUUUAGUUUAGGGAAGAAGGGAAGUUUUGUUCCAAAGCAGAAGGGGGGGCUAGGCGAUCUGGAUGGUUUAGAUGAGUUGAGAGGAAGCUUAUGUAUUACGGGUUUAAAGCACUUGAGAUCUUCUCCAUUAGAAGCCAGGGCUGCAAACUUGGAGAGGAAACAAUUCCUUCGAAUAUUGGAAUUAAGAUGGCUCUAUCAUCUUGAACCUGAUUAUUUGAAGGAUGAUAGCGAUGAUAAGGCAAAUGUAAAUGAUGAACAACUGUUGCAAAACCUUCGGCCACACCCAAAUUUGAAAGAAUUAAUGAUAAAAGGGUAUGCAGGCGAGAGGUUUUCCGACUGGGCGUCCUCGCUCUCGAAUUUGGUUAAAAUUACCAUAAGCGAUUGUAAAUGGUGUCAACAUAUCCCACCAUUGGACCGAUUCCCUUUUCUCAAGGAUCUUGAUCUUUGGAAUUUGAGUGAGCUGGAGUACAUAAGCAAUGAUGCCUGUGACGUGUCCUCUUCUUCCCUCCGACGUCUCUUGCUUAGGAGAUUGCCAAAGUUGAGGGGAUGGUGGAGAAUGAGGGAAGCAGUAACAACAGAGCAUGAGCAAAAUUAUAAUCUUCCAUUAUUCCCAUCAUUUCCAAGUCUUUCUUCCUUAAUUAUCCAAGAGUGCCCUAUAAGGUCCAUAAUGGCAGACGUAGCACCAGGGAGCCAAACAACACCCUCCUCUUCCUCUCUCUUUUCCACUCUCUCCAAAUUGAAGUCUCUUAGCCUUUCUGUUUUAGAGGAACUUGAAUAUCUGCCAGAGGAGUGGCUGCAAAACCUAACUUCUCUUGAGGUUCUGAAGAUUAGGGAGUGUCCUAAACUACAAAUAUCCAUGUCUCCACUCUUUCAACAUCUCGCCGCACUUGAAUAUUUGGAGAUUGAGAACUGCAAAGAACUUAUCAGCAAUGAGGAUGAAGAGGGCGCGCAAUGCCUUGGCCCUACAACCCUUCGUCAUCUACAAAUAAAAGAAGUUACAAACUUGGUGUCUCUCCCAAAGGAGCUCAGGCAUGCUACCGCUCUGCAAUUGCUUAACAUUGAGAACUGCCCUAGUUUGGUGUCUUUGCCAGAGUGGAUAGCCGACCUCACUUCACUUCGUAGACUUCAGAUCUACGAAUGUGACAAUUUAAUAUCACUGCCUGAAGGGAUGCAUUGCCUCACCUCUCUAGAUCAUUUGACAAUUGCGAGCUGUCCUCGCUUGGAGGAAAGAUGUAAAAAAGAAAUAGGAGAGGAUUGGCCAAAAAUUGCUCACAUCCCAAAAUUUUCGAAUGAGUGGGACCAAGCAAUCUUCUAUAUUUCGGAAUACCGAGAUUAGACAUGCUACCGCUCUGCAACGGCUUGAAAUUAUCGAGUGCCCUAGUUUGGUGUCUUUACCAGAGUGGAUAGCCAACAUCACUUUACUUCAGACACUUCAGAUCCACUAUUGUUGCAAUUUAAUUUCGUUGCUCGACGUUUGAUAAUUUUGCUGUGUCCUCGCUUGGAGAAAAGAUGUGAAGAAGGAAUAGGCGAGGAUCCGCCAACAAUUGCUUGCUGCCUGAACUCUUUCGGCAAUUUUUGUGGAUGGGAUCCGUAGCCUAAUGCAGUACCAAUUAUUCUUCAGAACCAACUGUAGCAUGGAACAAACAAGGGUUUAAGAAUAGACACAUUUUCAGACCUUGCCGAAAAAUCAGAUUUGCACAAAGCUCUCAAAUUUCCUAGAGACAUGCAUAGAAAAGCAUCAAUUCAUGAUAUGGGCGUGAGAAUCGUUGGGUUAUUUCUGCAAUAUGCUUGGAUAUUUCAGCCUCACUUGUAGACAAAACAGUGGACACUAUACAGAGCAUUUCCAUGAUGAGGAAGUUCGGGUUCUUCCACUUGCUUUAAUGCUUGCUUGUCGUCAAGUGAAAUUGAUUGUUGUGCUCCUAGGAACAAAGAUGUAGCUGCUGCUUAUGACUGCAAAAUUGUUGAAGGUGUUCUUAGCCAUCAGCUGAAGCAGUUUGACAGGAACCACCACUUGAAGAUGAAAACCAUCUAGUUUUAUUUUCAGUGAAAUAAAUCAUAAAUUUCCUACCUUGCCAUUCACAGCUAGGUGUGUUGUCCAAUCCACUCUUCAACCUUUCAGUGAAAAUCAUAAAUUUUCUCGUUUAUAUAUCAAUAAUUACCCUAUAAGGUCCAUAAUGGCAGAUGUAGCACCAGGGAGCCAAACAACACCCUCCUCUUCCUCUCCCUUUCCCACUCUCUCCAAAUUGAAUCAUCUUAGCCCUUAUUAUUUAGAGGAACUUGAAUAUCUGCCAGAGGAGUGGCUGCUAAACCUAACUUCACUUGAGAUUCUGCACAUUUGGGCGUGUUAUAAACUACAAAUAUCCAUGUCUCCAAUCUUUCAACAUCUCGCCGCACUUGAAGAUAUGCAGAUUGUUAACUGCAAAGAACUUAUCAGCAACGAGGAUGAAGAGGGCGCGCAAUGCUAACUAUAGGAAACGUUUCAAGCUUGGUGUCUCUCCUAAGGGAGCUUAGACAUGCUACUGCUCUGCAAUCGCUUAACAUUACGGACUGCCCUAGUUUGGUGUCUUUACCAGAGUGGAUAGCCGACCUCACUUCACUUCAGACGCUUCAGAUCUACGGUUGUCCUCGCUUGGAGGAAAGAUGUGAAGAAGGAAUAUGCGAGGAUUGGCCAAAAAUUGCUCACAUCCCAAACUUUUUGAAUAAGUGGGAUUUCGGCAAUUGGUCUGGAAGAGAUCCGUAGCCUAAUGCAGUACCAAUUAUGCUUCAGAACCAACUGUACCAUGGAACAAACAAGGGUUUAAGAAUAGACACUUUUUCAGACCUUGCCGAAAAUCAGAUUUGUACAAAGCUCUCAAAUUUCCAGUUCUUCCACUUGCUUUAAUGCUUACUUGUCUUCAAGUGAAAUUGAUUGUUGUGCUCCAAGGUGAUCUCACUUUCAAGGCUGGAUGGAAUGAUAUACUUGGGAUGAACCAGAAAACAAGCUUGAAUCUGAAAUAAGAAGAGUUUUUCAAGAUUCAACUCUUGAUCCGAGAAGAAAAGCAUAUCUCAUUCAAAACCUUAUGAACAGUUCAAUUUAUGUCAGUGAAUAGCGUCUCUGUAGAAGUUACUUCAGGCAACAACUGGUGAAAGUUCAAAUUAUGAAGAUUUACUUGAAUGUUCUCGAUUAAUUAUUUCAUUGUUCGGAGAAACAAGUAUUUGGGAGUAAGCAUUAUGAAAGAAAUUGCAAACUCUCUGCUGAUUGCUGUGACAUGUUAUUUACAUCCAGAUUCUGUCAUGAUGAAGUCAGUGACAUUCAAUGGAUAAUAAAGCUGCGAUUUAAAUAUCACUAUGAAAGCCUGGAUCACAGUGAUCAAUAUGAUAUUGGCUCUCUCCUCUCCCUGUUGAUGCAAUUCAGAAGGUUGCUGCUGCUUAUGACUGCAAAAUUGAAGGUGUUCUUAGCCAUCAGGUGAAGCAGUUUGACAGGAACCACCACUUGAAGAUGAAAAGUAUCUAGUUUUAUUUUCAGUGAAAUAAAUCAUAAAUUUGCUACCUUGCCAUUCACCGCAAGGUGUGUUGUGCCAUCUACUCUUCAACCUUUCAUAGUACAUGUGGAGUUUCUCUAUAACAGGGCUCUGGAGGAGAAGAGGGCUCGGCUGGGUUUGGUGGAAUGUGUUAAUCAUGAACUCUUGCAGCCGUAUCCUGUUCUCUGUUAUUUAUCUGUAAACAUUUUCCAUUCUCCUUUCAAUACAAUCAUUCAAUUAUCA